AUGGCUAACAUGGCACCAAUGCAGAGUCAACUAGACCCUUUGCCCCGCGACCUGCCUUUCCGUAUAAUCUCAAAAACCAUAGGAAGAGGAGCAUAUGCAUCCAUCAAAAAGGCAAUUCCGCCCACAGAUACAACCCCCGUCUUCGCAGUCAAGUUCAUCCACAAAGCGUACGCGGUAAAGCAUGGCCGCAUAUCAGCAAAGCAAAUCGCCAUGGAGGUGUCCCUCCAUUCGCAUAUUGGCCAGCAUCCCAACAUCAUAGAAUGGUUUGCCACCGGCGAAGAUGCGGUCUGGAAAUGGAUUGCCAUGGAGUAUGCAGAGGGCGGGGACCUAUUCGACAAGAUCGAGGCCGAUGCGGGGGUCAGCGAGGAUAUCGCACACUUCUACUUCAUGCAGUUGAUCAGCGGCGUCAAUUACAUGCACUCGAAGGGCGUGGGCCAUCGUGACCUCAAGCCGGAGAACAUAUUGCUUUCGGAGAGAGGAGAUCUCAAGAUUGCGGACUUUGGACUGGCUACGCUUUUCGAAUACCAAGGAGCGACGAAGAUGAGUAGCACGAUGUGUGGGAGCCCGCCAUACAUUGCUCCGGAAGUCAUUUCUUGCUCUAGGAAUACCCAAUCGAGAAAUGUGUCGAACGCAGCUGGCUAUUUGGCAAACAAGGUGGAUAUCUGGUCUUGCGGCGUGGUUCUGUUCGUCUUACUGGUUGGGAAUACUCCAUGGGACGAGCCGACAUCGCAAAGUUGGGAAUUCGAAGAAUAUUUAGGCAAGAAUGGACGAAGUACGGACGAACUCUGGCAAAAGCUACCACCUACUACACUCUCAUUACUCCGCGGGAUGAUGAACGUAGAUCCCAAUAAACGCUUCAACUUUCACCAAAUCAAGCAACAUCCCUGGUACACCCGCCAGAAUCGCCUGGUAACUGCAGAAGGUAGAUCCAAAGACCCUCUCCGCCUUGCCACCGAAAUGCUUGAGAACCUGCACAUCGACUUCAACAAGCAGCCUACCCUCUCCCAACGAGCCCGAGGGAGCCAAGACGCAAUGGACAUCGACUCCGACAACCAGCGCCCGCGCUUCUCCUUCACACAGCCGGAAACGCCCAUCAAUGACAUCCUCUUCGAUUGGGAGCGCAUCCCCCGCGCCCAUGCCAAUGCCUUCAGCGCCAGCCAGCCAACUACUGCCCACGAGAGCGGCAUCUGCACCAUGACCAACGGCGCCGCGCACCCUCUCGAGUCUCUCGCCGACGAACCGAGCAUGAGCCAGUUCGCAGCCGUGCCCGCCGUACCGAUGAGCCUGACGCAGCACGCGCGCCAGUUCCGAGAUAUUGUGCCGAACUACUCGCUCACGCGCUUCUUCUCGCAGCUUUCGGCGCCCUUGCUGCUGCAGAUGCUAAGCGAGGCCCUGCACCAACUCAACGUUCCCAUCCCGCCCGUGGCUCAGAUGCAAGGUCGCCAGCACGCCGGCUGGAUCAAGGUCAAGACGGUGGAUGGCAGGCAAUGUAGUCUGAGCGGUGAUAUCGUGGUCGACACGUACAUCACCGGCGAGGCGGAGCUGCUCGAGGUGCGCUUUGUGAAGGUCAAGGGCGAUCCGCUGGAGUGGCGACGCUUCUUCAAGAGUGUGGCCGUGUUGUGCGGCCCGGGUGUUUACAAGGGAGAGCAGCAGUGA